GAGCGUUAUUUGGAAUAUACAAUUGAGUGUGAGGAGGGUGACGUCAUCUACCCACAGUGCACCUCGGUCGGACAAUGGGGGUUAAUUUCAAACUCACCGUUUGGCGUGUGACUGAGGUGAGCCAAAGACGCCCUUAGAUGAGCUACCGUUCGUUGAAAGCAGCAGUGUUGGUGAGUUAGAUUUGUUUACGUUAGGCAAACAGAACUCAUCUUGAAGAGUGGUUUUCGGUACAUACGGGCCCAGAAGCAGACGAUAAUAUUAACGAAGCGGGGAGGCAAAUUAUGAACAUUUAAAUCUCUCUUGUCUACUUUGUUCUGAAUAAUUACUGAUCCUGCAGUUAGUGUUAUAAGAAGGCAAACGACACCUCUAUCUUUAGCUCGUAACAUCUGCUGCGCUGGCCGUCACGGGAUGCUUCUUCCCGGUUGAUUCCCCAUCGGCCGAAGGAGGGGACCCCUCCCGGGGAGGGCCCACGCAGCCGUGAACCGAUCCUGGACCGCGUUCCCCGGCGGAGGAGGGGCGGGCCCCCGAGAGCCACCCCCCGCCCUGGAGGAGCCGCCCGGCUGGAAGGGAGGGCCCCCCAUCCACCACCACCACCACGGCCCCAUGCCCGCCCAGAUGCCGCCCCACCACCCGCCUCAGGGCCCGCCACCGCACCCCAUGCCGCCCCAUACUAUGCCCGACGGAAGGCCCCUGGAACAUGGGAGACAUACGCCGUACUUUGGUCAGCCAGACUACCGAAUUUAUGAAAUGAAUAAACGUCUUCAACAGAGGACUGAGGAUAGCGACAAUUUAUGGUGGGAUGCAUUUGCUACAGAAUUUUUUGAAGAUGAUGCUACUUUAACCUUGACUUUUUGUCUUGAAGAUGGCCCAAAGAGAUAUACUAUUGGAAGAACAUUAAUACCACGUUACUUUCGAAGCAUAUUUGAAGGUGAAGUCACUGACUUAUAUUUUAGCCUCAAACAUGCCAAGGAAUCUUUCCAUAAUACGACAAUAACUUUAGACUGUGAUCAAUGCACAAUGGUUGCUCAUCAUGGGAAACCCAUGUACAAUAAAAUUUUAGGAGGGCAGUACCCAAAUGAACUUAUGAAAGAACAGCUUGCCAAAGAUAAUGCUGUUGUGGUUUGUACAGAAGGACGCUUAAUCCUAGAAUUUACAUUUGACGAUUUAAUGCGGAUUAAAUCUUGGCAUUUUGCAACAAGACAACAUCGAGAAUUGGUCCCUCGUAGUUUAAUUGCGUUGCAGGCUCAACAACAAGACCCCGCUAUGUUAGAACAGUUGUCCAAAAACAUUACACGACAGGGGCUUACAAAUUCUACUCUCAAUUACCUCAGGUUGUGUGUAAUUCUGGAACCAAUGCAAGAGCUUAUGUCCAGGCACAAAGCUUAUGCUCUCAGUCCGAGAGAUUGUCUCAAAACAACUCUCUUCCAGAAAUGGCAAAGAAUGAUUGCUCCACCUGGUGCUUCUCACCGUCCUGGUCCAAAUGACUUUAAAAUGCAGCCGGAAGUAGAAACUCAACGUCCACCCAGUAAGCGACGGAAAAGAAAAUCAUCUGCGACAAACAAUGCAAAUAGUACCGGAACUGGUUCUGGCAAAAAGAAAAACAUGUCUCCUGGUCCUCCUAAUUUUUCUCUAGCAUCACAGGAUGUGAUGGUAGUUGGGGAGCCUUCCCUGAUGGGUGGUGAAUUUGGGGAUGAAGAUGAGCGUCUCAUCACCCGUCUUGAAAAUACUCAGUAUGACGCAUCAGCUGCAGCUGCUAAUGGAUUGGACGACGGAGAUGAAUUUUCUGGAAAUCCGGUGGGCCAGGGGCCAAAUCCUGGAGGUGGACCUCCACCACCCUCUUGGUCUGGAGCACCUCCUUCUCAACCUCCUGAGCGUAAUCAGACAGGAGGCCCAGGCUCCGUACCUCAGCCGCAAAACCAGGAGGACAAAAAACCAUCUCCAGCUAUUAGCCAAUAAAAAGCAGGCAUACUUGUGCUAACAUGCACUGACGGACAGUGGCUGAAUGUUCAGCGUAAAGUAUUAGCAGCUCUUCCAAGUGAAACUGUUUGCGACUUUUUAUGUGUGUUCAAUCUCCUGAACAUGUAGGCCUAGCAAACAACAAUUAGGUGUUGUACCCCUCCCAAAUAGAGAACUGUUGUGUACAAAAAAAAUACAACCGUGCUUGUUGUUUCUAUGGCAAUUUUACUCCUCAUAGAAGGAUUUUGUUUUAAAAAAAAGUGGUGAUGAGAUUUUAUAUAUUGUGGGUAAUUUUAUUUUCACUGCAAAGUUAAAGGAUGUUUGUACAUAUAAUCGUGAAGCAUCAUUGCAGUGGCGCAGCUCAUUUAUUAAUUUCCAAAAAUGUUUUUGCCAUGUCAUUGUAUAUUCUCAUAAGUACACACACGUAUUAUUUGUGUUAUAUACUCAAUUAGAUUUAUUUCCAAUUUAUCUUUUAUUUAAUUAUAUUUUAUUGACUUAAAUAAGUACUUACAAGAUAGCACAUUUUCAUAAUAGUAUUGACUCCAGAUUUUUUGUUUGUAAAUAUUUAUCCCCAACAUCGCAACAUACAUCCUUUAAUUUUGUCUUCAUACAGUGUUGCAUUUUAUACACAAAAUUGAAUCUCUAGACCAAAUAUUGGUGUGAUUUGUAUUUAUAACCAGCUUUUGUGGUAAGAUCACGUACAGUGUGAGUAGUGAAAAUGUCUUGGAAAAAAUAAUAAAAAUUAUUUUGAAAAACUU